GUCGUCACCGGUCCAGUGGAGAAUGAGGAAGCUUGGUAGCUCCCACUCUCUGCAUGUCUUGACACGUUUCUUUUUUUUAAAAAAAAAAUAAUUUAUUAUUUUUUGUUUAAAAUAUUUCUGGAUGUAUUUGUGUAGCCACGUAUUCAGGUAACGGAAGGUGGGAAAGCAGAUGAGCCCAUGAUGCCUCAGAAGCUGAUGAAGAGCACCCAUUACAUAGAGCUGGGUAGCUACCAAUACUGGCCAGUUCUCGUACCGCGAGGGAUCCGUCUCUACACAUAUGAACAGAUUCCUGUCUUCCUCAAGGAAAACCCAUACAUCACUGAUGGGUACAGAGCCCACCUGCCCUCGAGUCUCUGUAUUAAAAGCCUUUUUGUAUUGUCCAAUGAAACGGUGAACAUCUGGAGCCACCUGCUAGGAUUCAUCUUGUUCUUCUUCCUUGGGGUGUAUGAUAUGUCCACGGUAUUGCCAGCAGCAGGUGCAUCCAGAGAAGACUACGUCAUCUAUUCCAUAGGACUUUUCUGCUUUCAGGUGUGCAUGCUCUGCUCGGUGGGUUACCACAUAUUCUGCUGCCACCGCUCAGAGAAAACCUGCCGCCGAUGGAUGGCUCUGGACUGUGCAGGAAUCUCAGUCGGAAUCCUUGGCUGCUACGUUCCCGGAGUUUUCUAUGCUUUUUACUGCAAUGGUUACUGGCGCCAGGUGUACUUGAUCAUGGUGCUGGCCAUGAUACUAGCAGUGUUCUUUGCCCAGAUUCAUCCCCAGUACCUAAACAAGGAGUGGCACCGGCUACGCUCCAUCAUGUUCUGUUCUGUGGCCGGAUAUGGCAUCAUCCCAGCCGCUCACUGGGUGUGGCUCAAUGGAGGGUUUAGUGCUGUUAUUGUGCAGGUGUUUGUCCCUCGUGUCUUGGUGAUGUAUUUGAUAGCUGCUGUAGCCUUCUUGUUUUACAUCACCAAAGUUCCUGAGCGCUACUUCCCAGGUCAGCUGAACUACCUGGGUGCUAGUCACCAGGUGUGGCACAUCCUGGUGGUCCUCAUGUUCUACUGGUGGCACCAGACGGCUGUACACAUAAUGCACUAUUGGCAUAGCGAGUCCUGCCCGGAUCUCCAUGGCUAGAGCCUUUGCUUCCUCUCCUGUGACUGCAGCUGUUAUUAUCCAAGAUCUUUGUCAUUUUCAAGUCCUGGGAUAACCUCCCGCUCCUCAAACCAGCAUAUGGGAAUCGUGUCAGUCAAAAUGGCUGUACUCCUGCCUGUGAGGAAAAUAAUGUAAAACUUUCAAAUACCUCUGAGAACCAUUAUUAUAGUUUAUCACCUAAUGCAGUUACUAAAAAAUGUGAGUGAAUACUUUUUGUAAGAACAACUACAUUUGGUGGAAGUGUUGGUGAAGAAGAAGACUUAUGCUUAUGGGGGUUUCCUAAAUGUGUUUAACAUGAGUAUUUAGCAUAAUAAUACAAAGUACUUAUCUGCUCACUUUUGAAUAUACUGUGUACAAAGUUACUACUGUUUUGGUAUUAAUUUUAAGUACAGGCAUUAUUUUUAUUUAUUUUAUAUUUUUUUUCCUUUUUUUCUCAAGCUUUAAAAGUCUACACAUUAAGUGCGUGACUCCAGAUUCUUUUGUUCUGCCUUCAUCUGUUUGAGGCCUAAUUGUUUAAGAUUAUCUGUAACAGUUAAUUUCCAGUGGAAAGUAGCACUGGUAAUAUAAAAGACAUUGUUAUAGUAGUUUAGUAACUUGUUAUUGUGAUGACUUUAUUUUGUAAUUGUUUAUAACUCUUCUUCCUUGGGCAUGAUUUUUUUCCUUUUAGAUAUUAAUUCUUUUUCCAUUGUCUGUCCUGAGAAGCGUUUUGUCACAGUAUAGUGUUCUUGUUUAGUAUUCCUUUGUUUAGCAUUGUUAAAAGGUGUCUGUUUAAGCGGUGUACUGAAUUUAGAAACAUUUGAAGUUACACACACGCAUAGCUGUUUUUUCCACAUAGCUGAGAUUUCUCUGUUAAAACUGUAGCCUUUUGAUAAUGCUAGAGCUUUGACAUGUUGCUGUAUUUAAUUAUUCAUUUUUCUACCACCUUACAAAUAAUUAGUUUUUCAUUUUAAAAUAGAAAAAAUUGAGUCAGUAGCACUUUUGUAAAUGUCUCCAGCUGUUUGUGGGGCAUUAAUACAGCCUAGAGCCAUCUUUAAUUAAUAUUACCAUCUGCCUUAUUCUCAUUAUGUGACUGCAGCUAAACUUGUGCACACACAGCUACAGUAUGUCUUGUUUACAUUUUUUGAUUUGUAUACACAUCCUGGUUGCUGCAUUUUACGAUAUUCGUUGAGGCUGCCUAGGAACCUUCUCACCAUGAAUGGUUAUGUGCAAUGUAUGCGUAAUGGUGUGAACUUGUGUACUAUUUAAUUCUGAUCUGGUCUAUUGACAGACUGGUACAGUGUGGGGUUUUAAAACUGGUUUGUAUUACAAUAUUACUGGGACAAUGAGAUGUGCAUUUUUUUUAUAAUGAGUAUAUGAUAACGCUUUAGGUUAAUACAUUGACAGGUGUACUGGCAAAUUUAUAAGAUAAAUAUGAAAGGCUUUUGCUGUCUUGAUUCAAUAAGCUGUAUAAUGCCAAAUUGGUUUAAAGAAUCUGGAAGGGGAUUUUUCUAAACUGAAAAGGGCAUUGUGGCUUUCUGUAUGAAAUAUUUGUUUCAUCAAUCGCUGAUGCCAACUAUCACCUGAAGCUGGUAUAAAGGAUGUAAGAAGCACUGAGUGUUAAAUGUAAUCUUGGUAGUAUAAGCACUAAUGAGUCUCAAUCAGCAAAUGGUCUUGUACUUCAUUAACUACUGUUAUUACAAUGUAUUAUAUUACUUUAAUCUUGUCUGAAGUCCUACUUGAUGGGGUAAAUCUGUUACAUGAAGAAUAUUAACUAAAAAUGUCCUAUUCAGUUUUUUUUUCUUCUGAGUGGUAGGUUAAUGAAAUGUUGAAUAAAAAUAUGUAAUUGGAAGUUGUAGCCUUUAUGUUGCAAUCUGAAUUGAACCUGAUCUCUUGAACCCUUUUGGUUUUUGUUACGUGAGGAUAUUGCUGUUGCAAAGAGUUUUCUGAUAUUUUAAGACGUUUUACAUUGUGUUUAUUUGAACACGA